UGACACCCAAGGUAAAAGUGCAUUUGCAAAUAGAAAAGCUUGGAUGGGAUCCAAAAUGAAUCUCAUUGAACACUCCCACUUACCAGCCACAGAUGAAUUUUCUCUUUCUGACAAUUUAUUUGGUGUGCUUACAGAACAAGCUGCAGCUACUCUGGGGCAGACCCUAGAUGUGGAGUCCUACGCCCAGUACAACAAUGUUCCAUUUCCUCAAGUUCAGCCGCAGAUUUCACCAUCUUCUUAUUAUUCCAACCUGGGUUUUUACCAGCAGCAGCCUGAAGAGUGGUACUCUCCAGGGAUAUAUGAACUCAGGCGCAUGCCCGCUGAGUCCCUCUAUCCUGGAGAGACAGAGCUAGCCGAAUGUCCCGUAGCAAAGAAGGCCCGAAUGGGGACUUCCACGGGGAGAAUCAAAGGAGAUGAGUUGUGUGUUGUUUGUGGAGAUAGAGCAUCUGGAUACCAUUAUAAUGCACUGACCUGUGAGGGGUGCAAAGGUUUCUUCAGGCGAAGCAUUACCAAAAAUGCAGUGUACAAGUGCAAAAAUGGUGGCAAUUGUGUGAUGGAUAUGUAUAUGCGAAGAAAAUGCCAAGAGUGUCGACUAAGGAAGUGCAAAGAGAUGGGAAUGUUGGCUGAAUGUAUGUAUACAGGCUUGUUAACUGAAAUUCAGUGUAAAUCUAAGCGAUUGAGAAAAAAUGUGAAGCAGCACGCAGAUCAGAGCAAUAAUGAAGACAGUGAAGGACGGUACUUGCGACAAGUGACCUCGACCACUAAGUCAUGCAGGGAGAAAACUGAACUCACCCCAGAUCAACAGAACCUCUUAAAUUAUAUUAUGGAUUCAUAUAGCAAACAGAGGAUGCCUCAAGAAAUAACUAAUAAAAUUUUAAAAGAAGAAUUCAGUGCAGAAGAAAAUUUUCUCAUUUUAACAGAAAUGGCUACCAGUCAUGUCCAGAUUCUUGUAGAAUUCACAAAAAAACUUCCAGGAUUUCAGACUUUGGACCAUGAAGAUCAGAUCGCUUUGUUAAAAGGAUCUGCAGUUGAAGCUAUGUUCCUCCGUUCAGCUGAGAUUUUCAAUAAGAAACUUCCAGCUGGACAUGCUGAUCUAUUGGAAGAAAGAAUUAGAAAGAGUGGUAUCUCUGAUGAAUAUAUAACACCUAUGUUUAGUUUCUAUAAAAGUGUUGGAGAAUUAAAAAUGACUCAAGAAGAAUAUGCUCUGCUUACAGCAAUUGUUAUCCUAUCUCCAGACAGACAAUACAUUAAAGACAGAGAAGCUGUGGAGAAGCUCCAGGAACCCCUGCUUGAUGUACUACAGAAGCUGUGCAAAAUUUAUCAGCCUAAAAACCCUCAACACUUUGCCUGUCUCCUGGGUCGCCUUACUGAGCUGCGGACAUUCAAUCAUCACCACGCAGAGAUGCUGAUGUCCUGGAGAGUGAACGAUCACAAAUUCACCCCACUUCUCUGUGAAAUCUGGGAUGUGCAGUGAUGGACAAGAUAGGGGAGCUGGCUAAGUCUUUACUCCUAAUACCAGUUGGUCAUAUAACUUCGCUUUAUUUCAUUUGUACCUGGUUUUACACAAGAAUUCUGUUCAAUAUUUAUGUAGUGGUGAUAUGAGUGCCACAAUGUAAAGGAAAGGUGAGAUAGAAUUAUUUUUCUCUGCAUUGGAUUUUGCAAGGCUAUAAGGAAUCUUUCAUUCUAAUUGGCAUCCCCCCACUUUUUUGUGCCUCAAUUGAUUGUUGCUUCAAUUCUGUCUAUUGAAAACAAGACAAGUUUUGGUCUUCAUUUUACCUUAUGAAAUAUUUUA